AUGGAUGAUGAUAAAUUAGAUGAAAUAUCAACAAUUACUACGUUAGUCAAUCAAUCAAAUCAGAAGGUAAAUGAAUCGGGUGAAAAUUUAAAUAAAGUAAAUUUGACAGUUCAGAGUUUAGUACCAGAAGAUGUUUACAAGAGGUUAAUUGAAACAUCUACAUCAGAACCACCACCACCUAGUAAAAUUCAAAUACUAGAAGAUCAAAGAUUACAAUUGGUGAUGGAACUUCAAAAGCAAGACUUUAUAACUCAAAACCUUAAAGAGCUAAUAAACCAAAAUCAAGAAAUUUUAGAUACAGUUAAAGAAUUUCUACAAACUCAACCAAACCUUAAAGAAGAAGAAAGAAUUAAAGCUAAAUUACUACUAGAAAACUACAUUAGAACAAGUAUUGAACCUACAAUCAAAAAUUUGAAAAACACGUAA